UGCCCUUGGAAAAAGUAGUACUUCAAGACUUUAUGAACUGCAGUACGUUUAGGAUCUUUUAACUUGUUUAGAAUUCCAGGAAAAAUACUCCACCCCUACUAUUUAUUAACCUUCUGUCUGAAAAGGAAAGAGCACUCUACCAAGCCUACUGCUAAUCCAGUACCACGCACAUUUUUGAGCCAAGACUACCAGUCAUAACAUCAUUUGGGGAUCAAAUAAUGGGUCACUGGCAAAACUUUAAAUAUGUACUCACAAAUGGUCAGUUGGCAAGUUCCUUUCAUGAACAGAGGCAUCAGCAAAGUGAACCUGAUAAGUCUGGUAAGUUUCACUGGUGCUGUUCAUAAUAAGUUGGAUAGGAGUAAAACUGACCAAAUUGUGUAAAUUUUGCUUAGCUGCUGGUCCGGAAAACUGAGUAGUAGCAGAGGCUAGGCAGAGAGAUUCAGAAAGGAAGAGUCCCCAGAAAUGAGAAAAGGAGGUUCCCAAAAAUGGGGCUAAAGAAGAGAAAAGGAAAACAAUGAUGGGGAGGGAAUUAGGAUGGAGGAGGCUAAUGCAAAUGGAAUUGAAAACAUGGGGAUGGGAGGGAGAAGCACCUAGAACUGGGGAUGAGGAAGGGAGUAUAGAAAAAGUUCCCCCUUCCCUUCUCAUAGCCAAGAGGGACUUUGUUGUGGGGCAAAAGAGAGAGAGAGAAAGCAGCAGCAACUUCAAAUUUGAGACACCAUACAAGAGAUAGAGUCCCUAAGGAAGGUCCCUCAGCACCCCCAUUUACUCCAACUGUUGGGCACUGGGAUUCCUCAUCCCAGCGCUGCCCUUUGUCUCUGCUUGAGGGACUAUCCUUCAUACCAGUAUCUCACAUCUUAAAUAUCAUGUAAAAGGGACCAGAUUAACACCAAUUUCAUUUUCCUUUGUGACCAGAGCUAGGUGUGAAUGAGGAACUCUAGAAGAAAAGCUAUUCAAAUACAGCACCCAGCUGAGCCACCAGUCUGUUUUCUUACAUUCAAUGACUGCAUGUUUUCCUGCUUAGAUAGCGCCUUCUUCCCACUUCUGCUCUUUUUACCAUAUUCAGCGUGUGGAUCUAGAUUUACAGACUGAGAUCAAAUGGAGAAUAAGAUAAAAGAUGCUUAGGUUUGAGAGUACGGCAAAGCAGCUAGCAAAAUAUUCUUCUAGGCCACUAUGGAGACGACUAUGUGCAGCCACUACAAAUAUACCAGUGUUAACUUUGUUCACCAAGAACCCGUGCCCUCUGUGUGAUGAAACAAAAGAAGUGCUUGAGCCAUAUAAAAACAGGUUUAUUUUGCAGGAAGUGGAUAUCACCCUUCCAGAGAACGCAGUGUGGUAUGAAAGAUAUAAGUAUGACAUACCUGUCUUCCAUUUAAAUGGGCAGUUCCUAAUGAAGCAUCAGGUAGAUGUUAAAAAAUUUGAGAACCAGCUUGUGAAGCUAGAGUUUCAAAAUGGUGAAAACCAAUGAAGGAAAUGCAGCUAUUCUGAGACUGGAUUGAAAGGAUUUUGAACAAAUGGUUUGAAACUGUUGCAUACAUUAUCAAACCACAUUUUCUUUGGAAUGUAAUGUACAUAUUUAACAUUCAAAUUUUAGUUAUUUGAUUUAUAUUCCAUUUUGUAGUAAUGAUGAAGCUCAUCUGACUGAAUAGCAACUCUUCAUCUGCUAUCCUAGAUGGUUUUGUUUUUCAAUGAGAGAAUAAGUGCUAUUCCACAGCAGCAGAUAAAAUGAAAUGCACUUUCAGAUCAUUAAUACACCCUGCACUGACAAUAAAGGAAUGUUUAAGUUA